AUGAACCAACCAGCAAGCUCAAACGAAACCAGUCAUCUGCUCCACCAACAAGCUACUCGCGAUCAGAACCAGAACAAUCAAAGACCCACCUCGGUCCGCUUCUUCAUACCCACCCAGCCUCACUCGACCAUCACCAACUUCAUCCUCAACUACUCGCACUCCCAAGAAGGAUUGCUGUCCUCGGUGGCCCUCAACGAGAAUGACCUCUCAGUCGAUCCCGUCGGACUCGACCUCGACCUCCAUCACUCAGCCCUUAACUCAAAUCAGCUCCCACUCCCUUGCUUUAAUCCCCUCUUCAAGAAAUCUAGAUUCCUCAUGACACUCGAUAUCUUCAAAGCUAUCAUCUUAUCUAUACAAACCAUUUAUACAGCUAAUCAAUUCAUAGGACCAUAUUCAAAUUCCAACCAACCAUUUACACCCUACUGGCACCAACACAUCAAGUUCCCAUUAAGCCAUCCCUCGCAGUACACGAUUCAUCUGUUAACACUGAUUUGUUCGCCAGCAUUGCAUUUCGUCUUGGGCUCUUCAGCCGUACUCGCUAUCCAUACCAGGAAAUGCCUGGGCUGGAGGUCGCAUCAAAUCUUCUUCAGGUCUUUGAAGCUUGGUUUAAGUCUAUUGGUAUUGAAUCAGUUAUUGAUGUCUCAAACAAUUUUCCAAACGCGCGGCCAAGUUUUUUUGACGACCCUACCGAUAUGGUCGUUGGGAUGGAAUUUGGUGAUGAUCACGACGAUCCUGAUAGGCCUAUUCCUGGCUGAACGAGCGAUUCUAAACUAUCUGUACACGAAGACGCGUGGCAGUUUACUAGAAGAACCGAUCAGAAGAAGGCCGGAAGAGAAUGAGACAGAUGAGGAUCAAGAUGAGGAUGUGAAGACGACGGAAUGGAUGAGAGGCUGGGCAGAUCGGAUACGAUGGGCUAUCGACGCCUUCCUGCUCAUCGGAUCCGGCCUCUUGCCAUUGCUGAUCGCUUACAUGUUGCCCAGCGAUCGGGAAGAUCCGGACCCUGAUUGGUGGAUCGAAUCUUCACUCACCCGUUCAUACUGGUUUUGGUUCUUCUUCACUCCUACUCCUCAAAUGUCGGCUUAUCCCAGGUUUGGAAUGGUGUCCAACUUUGCCCCGAUAGGUUGGUUACCUUUUGUCUUACUUGGCGCGUUUUAUGGUCGAUGUUUGAUCCGUAAACAUCAGGAAAGAAUCCAAACAAUUCACCGACAUUUAAAACUAGCGAUCAUCUCAAUCUCAGUUUUCGGGCUCACAAGAAUCAUAGACAUUGGGAACCUAGGUGUUCCAUAUAUAACUGAUGAUCACGAUCCAGCCCGCGCGGUGACGGGACGUUGGUUCCGAUGGCUGCGAGGCUCGUGGGAGAUGGCCUUCUAUACCACCGUCUAUCCUCCCGAUCUUGGCCACGUCUCUCUCGCCAGCACCCUGAUCUUCCUCCUGCUCGCCCUGCUCGAUCUGUUGCCGCAAGCUCUGUUGACCUUCAACCCAUUGUUGAUCUUCGGCCGGGCGCCGAUCUUCUUCUACUCGAUCCAAUUAUUAUUAUUCCAUUACUUGUUGCCUUCAGUCUUGGUGAUCCUCGAUUGGCCUCGAAACCUGAAUCUCUUCUGGAUCUCCGUCGUUUCGUUCAGUAGCUUGCCCGUGCUUUGGUUGGCGUGUGAAGCUUGGGUGAUCUUCAAAGAUUGCAAAUCCCCUCAAUCUGUGAAGUCCUAA